AUGGCCAACGCCCUAUCUCAUGUUCAGUUACUCAUUCACGCAGGACUCGAAAGCCAAGUCCUGUUACCCUCCGACCCAGAAUACGCCACUCGGCAGGCUUCCGACUGGUCUAAAAAUGCACAGAUCUCCCCCGGCUGUAUUCUUCGAUCAAAGUCCGCCGAGGAGGUCUCGACGGCGCUCCAAGCGCUGGCGACCGCUGACCAAAAGUUCGCCAUCAGCAGUAGCGGCCACACGCAGUAUGCGGGCACCAACAGCAUCAAGGGCGGCGUGACGAUCGAUCUUGAUCUACUGAAUUGGACGCACUUUGAUGGGAUGACUGAGACGGUGCAGAUUGGGCCCGAGAACCGCUGGAAGGAACUCUCCGAGGCGCUUCAGGAGCAUGGUCGCGUGGGCAUACUUUACCGACAAUGUAGAUGA